UAUUUGGACUCCUAGAAUCAGCUUCGACUGAUUAUGAUUUAUUUCCAUCAUCUGCUACAACCGUGAUUAACCUCAUCUGCAUGGUAACCCGACAGUUUCGCUUGUCUUCUGCUUUAUUUACCAACACAACCACGUCGGUAUAGAUGGGAUUUAUUUCUAUUUGAAUGGCCAGAAAGUGUCCGCUUUUCUCCUGCUUCGUUGCGCUGUCUUUCAUCUCAUGUUCUCUACUACACUCUGUUCUUGUGUCCAAGUAGUUCAUUCAAGUGAAGUGUCAGUGAUUUGAGCUUUCCUACAUGGACAAGAUGCAAUCUGUCAAAUCAAUCCAAUCUAUGUGGAAACAGUUUACAUUUUGUGGUAAAACCUACCAUCGGAAUGAUCAGUGGAAGACAACCAACAACGGCAAUGAAAAUGAUAAACAGAAGAAAUCACAGCUGGGCAAUUUACUCCAAGAGAUGCCUCAGCAGCAGCAGCAACAACAACAACAACAACAACAACAACAACAACAGCAGCAUCAGCAGCAACAUCAGCAUCAUUCACACCAUCCUCAACAUAAUCAUUUAUAUUCUAAUAAUUACAACUAUGCAAACAAUAAUAGCAACCUCAGCAACAACUCUCCUGGUGGUGGUGGUGGCAGUGGUAGUAAUAGUGGCAGUAGUAGUAGUAUGAUGAAUGUAAAUCAUUCAGUGACUGUUACAGGUUCUAAUCACGACAGUACCCUAUCAACUGGUUCAGUAUGUGGCAUGAAUUCUGAAAUCAAAGAAUUCAGGUGCAAUCUCUGCCCUAAAAUAUUCUCACAACAGACGGGUCUUCAAAUUCACAUGCGAGUCCAUUUAGAAAAACCUUUGAAAGUUUCAACUAGUCCUAAGCAUUAUGGUCAAGACUCUGCCCAGAAAAACCAUGAACAUAGCCAUUCCUCAGAGAAAACUUACCAAUGUAAUGUUUGCUUCAAGAUAUUUAAUCAACAAGUGAACCUGCGUAACCAUGAACGAACACAUACAGGGGAAAGACCUUUUCAGUGUAAUGUUUGCAUGAAAUCAUUUACCCAGCAAACCAUACUUCAUAACCACCAGCGUGUUCACUCAGGUGAGAAGCCCUUUAAAUGUAUUAUCUGUGAGAAAUCAUUCAGUAACCAAACUAUUUUAAAAAACCAUGAACGUGUACAUACUGGUGAGCGACCAUUUAAAUGUAACAAUUGUCCGAAGGCAUUCAGUAAUCAAACCAUCUUAAAAAACCAUGAACGUGUUCACUCAGGAGAGAAACCGUUCCAGUGUUCUCUAUGUCUGAAAGUUUUUAGUCAGCAAACAAGUUUGAAAAAUCAUCAACGCAUCCAUACUGGCGAGAAGCCUUUCCAAUGUGCUGUUUGCUUGAAGUCUUUCAGUCAUCAAACCAUUCUUAAAAAUCAUGAACGAGUCCAUUCUGGGGAGAAACCAUAUAAAUGCUUAGUUUGUUCAAAGUCAUUUAGUCAUCAAACUAUUCUAAAGAACCAUGAACGUAUCCAUUCUGGGGAAAAGCCAUUUCAGUGUAGUGUUUGUUUGAAGUCCUUCAAUCAGCAAACUAUUCUUCGAAACCAUCAGAAAACACACACUGGGGCAUUUCCAUACAGCUGCUCUUUCUGCACAAAGGUCUUCUCAGAAGAAGAAUAUUUAAAAGACCAUGAAUAUGUCCAUCGAAAACAUCAAGAUAUUAGGAAUGAUCUCCCUAGAGAGGAUGAUGUGGGAAGUCCCACCCCACCAUACACACCACCAGUUCAAUCAUCUUCCUCACCUCCUUUAUCAUCAAGGUCCUCUCCAAUGCAACAGUCUACUCCAUCAACCUCAGCUCCCUCCUCAUCUCCUGUACCAUUUUCUUCAGCACCUAUUCCACCAAUGUGGCGACCUCCUGCAUAUCUGCAACCAAUGCCACCGCAGUAUUGGGAAAAUGAUUAUAAUUGGUCUAGGGCUUUCUCUGUGUCGACAUAUUUAACACCUUGGACAAAGCGGUCAUCAAACCGUGGGAAAACUCACUGAAAGAACUUUUGUCAUCAUCAUCAUCAUCAUUAUCAUCAUCGACACCAUCAUCAUCGUUCCUCAUUUUAAUGUCCACUUUUCCAUGCUUGCAUGGGUUGGAUGGAGUUUAUUGAGGUAGA